UGAGUGAUACUUCCUGCAGAACGGCUGCAUCUCAUCCAACAUGGCUGGCCAGGAAGACCCCGUACAGCGAGAGAUUCAUCAAGAUUGGGCGAAUCGAGAGUAUAUAGAAGUGAUUACAAGCAGCAUUAAGAAAAUUGCUGACUUCCUAAACUCGUUUGAUAUGUCUUGCCGGUCUCGUCUGGCCACCCUCAACGAGAAAUUAACAGCAUUGGAGAGAAGGAUUGAAUACAUAGAGGCCAGAGUGACCAAAGGAGAGACUCUGACCUAGAUGAUGGGAAUUCCCAACAUGCUCUUCAAACUACUUCCCCACCCUCCACCUCCACCCUGAAGGUUUUGGACUUAAAUGUGCUGAGCUGCACUGUCCUUUUUGGAGGAUCAUGUGGACCAUUUUUGAUAUUAUAUGGCUGAAUUUUGUGUUGUUUUUAUCUCAUGACACAUGCGCAUUCUGUUUAUGGGUCAAGCAUCAUCAUUGCUUUUAAAAUUGAGCUCAAUUAAGUAUUGAGUUAAAAAAAUCCCAGGGCUUCAUGAUGUUUUUCACUGUAAACAUUUUGUAUGCAGCGUCAUUACCUAUUCAGAGAUUAUUGGAAAAGGAAACAAAACGGGGAAACAUUCAUGUGUGCCAAGUUGAACAAAUAAUUGUGUGGUCACCUUUAUUGAAAACCUGCCUGUACAUUAACUGUUGUAAGUGUUGAUGGAAAAUUUAAAUACUGUAAUAAAUUAUA